AUGGAGCAGGAAAUUGGCACAUCCCUUGCAAGGCACGCCAGCGACAUGGAGGACGCGGUGGGCAGGAUAGACAUGUCAGACUUGGCGGAGGUCAAACGCUUGGCCAAAAUGUCAGAUGAGAUGUGUCAAGUCCUGAACACUGUGGUCUGGCUGCUUUUUGAUUUGCGGCCACUGGCCAGAGACACAUGGAAAAUCAAACUCUUUGAGCCCGACCUCUUGAAGAAACUUCAAGGGUUCCAUUGGGAUGACGUCACUGAGGAGAUGAUGCAGACGUUGGAUGAACACUUUGCGAAUCCAGCGGUCAGUGUGGAAAACAUGGAGUCGUUUCGUGGGCCCGCCAUGGUGAAGCACCUAUCCAAGUGGCUGUGGGCCACCCGAGGUUGUGGGAAAACAGCUGUAAGUUUGAAACCAAAAAAGGAACAGCUGUGCGUGCUGCAGCUUGAGCUGGAGAAUUUGCACAGAGAGCUGGCUUUGAUCAGCUGA